AUGACUGAAACGCAAGACCAAGAGCAGGUCGUAAUGACGCCUAAAUGCAAGACUCACAAUUCUACUACUUUGAUCAUCGAAAGGCGAAAAAUCGCCAAAACUAGUGACAAAAUGCACGUUGCAGGCGGGGAACACACAGGGAUCAUCAUAAAUAAGGAAGCAGCAACAGAAAACGGUGUUGUCUGCCCGUCCCAACUUUCCCUCGAAUUCAGGGUAUUUCUAGUAAAUAAAGAAACCGGCAAACACACUCAAGAAUCGCGAACCAUCCGAUUUUGGUUCAGAGAAAGCAAACCAGCUCAGGACGAGACUGAUGGUGGUCAGGCCGGCGUGGCUCAAGACUUUUUCAGAGAGUUGGUCAGCCCGCAGGAAUUUCCCAGAGAUUACGUUGGAUUUAUUAAAAAAAUCAUGAAAUUGAUGCAGCACAAUUUUAAUAGUAUAUUGAAGUUGGAAGUCGAAUUAAAACAAUUAGAGGAACCUAUUGAUGUACCUACUAGACCUUUAUCGGCAGAAGAAAAUUCUUUAGGUCACAUUACCUUACUAACCGUGGAAAAAGUGCUAGAAAUAGUAGAAUCUUCUUAUCCCAAUCCGGUUACAAUAAAAGAUAUUGCAAAGGAAAAUGGUUGGGACGAGGAAGAAGUGGCUCAGUGCAUUUCGGCACUCCAAUCUCGUCAACUCCUCAAAGCCAUGGAUCACGGUGCUUUCACCCGUCAACAAUCCCAUGAUGCCCAUCAAGUGACCAUCGUCAAACAAAUGCCAACCGUAGCAAGCUCUAAACAACCCACUAUUGCUAUUAUUACUGCUCAGUACUGUGAAAAGUUAGCUGUGGAUGCUAUGAUAGAGAAUAAGGAGACUUUUGUGAGAUAUACUACAGUAGGCGAAUCCAACGUUUACACACUCGGCAACAUUGGCGCGCACCGAAUAGUUUGCACCAAGCUGCCAUCUGUCGGUCACACUCGAGAGGCAAUGACAGCUGCCGGUAAUACCACUACACGGCUUUUGGGAACUUUUCAGAAAGUCGAUUACGUAUUUUUGGUAGGUGUAGGUGGCGGAGUGCCACAUUAUACCGAUUAUAACAGACACGUUCGACUUGGAGAUGUGGUUAUUUCAUCACCAGUUAAAAACAAAAACAUAUAUUUCUACUGCGAGUCGGCCAAAUCCACCGAGAAAGGUAAUGAAUUCGAAAUCAAGCCAUACAGUCCUUCCAACGUAAAAUUGCAAGAAAUCGCUAUGCAACUGAAAUCGUCGACAGAUAGCGAUAGUGGUUCGACGCCACCUUGGAUGAAUUACCUCAGAGACGGUUUGAAUAUUCUAGGCAGCCAUCAAGAAGAAUCCGACUUCAAAAUGCCCAAUUCAGAUACCGACAAACUUUACAUGAGCAUCGGCGAGAAGGAUUUGAUCGAAGUUGCCCAUCCAAUACCCCAAGAUAGCUCUAGAAAGAGACUGGAAGGCUGUCCCCGUAUUCACCUAUCAACGAUCGCGUCUGGUCGUCAAGUCGUCAGAGACGACAGGUUGCGUCAACAGUUAGCGAAUCAGGUAGGCGCGCUGGCGUUCGAUUGCGAAUUCGACACCGUUAUAGAAUCGAUUUUGGGCAACUGCAAGGACAGCUUUGUCAUUAUCAGAGGCAUAUCCGAUUACAAGGAUGGUACUAGAAGGAAGGAAUGGCAGCCAUACGCUUCGUUGGCGGCAGCUAGUGUGAUGAAGGCGAUUGUUUGCGGAUUAGAGAAUUAG